AAAACUAGCAUAUUAUUUUGUAAAAGGCUGCUGGAUUGAAGUGUCAAAUGUGUUUUGCUGUUCACGAUUAUAACAGAUAAGAUAGACUAAUUAGCUAGACUUAAUUUUCCCUUGUAGGUUGUGCUUUCAAGUUGUUCAGCAACUACCCAGCUAGUUUUCAGACAGUGUUCUUGUGUUGCUGGCAAGGGGAUUUGUAACCACAUUGUUGCAUUGCUGUAUACACUUGCUCAUUUCAAGACUGCUGGUUACAAAAUUGUACCACCAAUUGUUACAUGUACUUCAGUCUCACAGCAAUGGCAUGUUCCAUCCAGAACUAAUGGUAUAUUUCCUCAACCAGUUAAGUCCUUAAGGGUGCAGAGCCCACUUGAAAAAAGUGCAAAGUUGUCAGCCAGGAAAAGAAAUCUAUCAGAUAUUGCAAUUUUAGGGAAAAAAAGAAAACCAGUCGAGUGUGUGAAGCCAAAGAUAUAUAAUCCCAUUAGACAAGGAUUAUAUGAAACAGCUUCAAGUUUUUCUGCUGACUUAAGAGCAAAUCUUUUCAAAUUCGAGAAUCAGCUGCAAAUUUUUAAGGUACUACCAGUUAGCUUUUCAAAUCAAGUUAAAAUUGAUUCAGCUUAUGGAUCAGUUUACAAAGGAUCUACGCUGGCAAAUCAGAAUCAAGUAGUGAAUUCUGUAAACUUGAUUCCAAACAAAGAAGUGCUUCAGUGCCCACCAUUUCAACUGCCAGACAUAACCAGAAAGUUUGCAACAGCAUUGUCAGCAGCUGAAAUUGAAUGUUUUGAAGGGUUUGCUGUAUCUGAAGAACUAAGUGUCAAAUAUUAAGAAAUGACUCGAGAUCAGUCAUUGUCUGAAGAUUGGAAGCGGCUACGAAAAUACAGGCUAACAACGUCAAUAAGUUUCAAACAGAUUUGUUGCCCGAAAAAAGACUUUCACAAACUAGCAGAGAAUUUUCCUAGUGGAAGAUGUGUGACCACUGCUGCCAUGCUCUAUGGUCUCAAGCAUGAAAAUGAGGCCUCAGAAGCUUAUGUUAAAUUGACUGGUAAUAAUGUUUAUAGUGUAGGCAUUGUUAUCAAUCCUACUGCACCUUAUCUUUCAUGCUUCCCUGAUCGACAAGUAUUUGACAGCAAAAUGAUUUCGGCUGAAAGAUUUGGACUUCUGGAAAUUAAAUGCCCUCAGGCCAAUUCUUACAUUGAAUUGCCAUAUUUACAGCUCAAGAAUCGAGGCUAUACGCUAAAGACCAAUAAUAUGUACUUUCACCAGAUACAAGGUCAAAUGGGGAUUGCUGGUGCAAAAAAUAUGCACUUGGAAAGGAUAAAGUUUGAUAAAGAAUUUUUUCAAAGUAUGAAAGACAAAGUGGACAUAUUUUAUUUUACUUACUUUUCGUCUGCUAUCAUCAAGAACAAGAUUUAAAAAGUAACUGUUCAUGCCUUUUGUUAAAAGUAUUAAAACAAAGGUCCUUUAAAGUUUGAUAACAAGCAGGAAACUGUCCAUAAUUGAUUAACUGUCCCUGCCAUGUUUAAAAUAUAAUUCUGUCAAAUAUAUGGUUUUCUGUAAUUCUUCUAAUUGCCCUUUCUACAUUCUGCUGGUUGUUGAUGCUGAUAUUUUUGCCCUAAAAGAAAUGUCAGUUGCCAUUAACCCACCUUUUAGAAAACAAGUGAACAGAAAGAUCCUUGCACUUCUUAACACACCCUUUGUUUCUCUGAUACUGGGACCAGAAAACCAUUUUCUCAGCAGUUGGCUGGAGUGCUUCAAAGGUGCCUUUCAACAUAUCAUAGUUUUCAAGACCAGAGUAAAAUUUUCUUUCAUUUGAGCUUGACUUUAGACUUGAUGUUCCAAACUUGUAUGUUUCCAGAUGACUUAUAGUAGCCUCUAGCUUUGAUAUGUGUUCUUCUGCCUUUCUUAGCUUCUCUUCUAAAGGUAUCACAUCAUUGCCAAGGUGGUAAUCAUGUAAAUUGUUAACGGGACUGAUAGUACUGGCUGUACACCAUCCUCUUUUGCAUGGUUAUCACAAUUUCUAAAAAAAUAACAUUAAAAUGUGAUGAUUCUUUUGAAAUUAUUUACGUUACAUACAAAAAAUAAAUCAUUGUUUUCAUUCAGAGUUUAAUUGAAAAUAAUCAAUAUUUGCUUCAACACUUGGAUCAAGUAUUUAAAUAUAUUUUACAUAAUGAAUAAAAGUUUCCAUGUUUUUCAUUCUUCUUGCAUAAAUAUAGACUGGUAGAGUAUUUCUUGUACAAUUUUUUAGUUAUUUGCAAAUAAGAACCUAUUCCGAUGUUCAAGCUGAAUCAGCUCUCAUUAGAUCAGAGCCCAGUUAAAAAUUCAGCCUUUAACUUCUUAUUUAACCAGGCUGCAGGUUUUACCCCAAAUCCACCUAUGCUGGUAUAUAAAAUAUGAUUUGAUUUCAAAACAAUACCUGCAUUUUAUAACCCAAAAGACUGGAUACCAAUUACUGAAUGAUAUUAAAAAAAAUUGUUGCAUUAAGCCUGAAUAGCUAAAAAUAAAACAUCAAUUACCCAUUCAAAUUUCCCCUGACUAAAGGUGGUCUUCUGUUUGUUGGCUCUGAAAAAUUGUUCCAUUCAAAGAAAGUAGGAAUUCAUGAAAGGAGAUAAUAGCUGCGGGAAAGUAUCAUAUUAGGCGCCAAUGAAAACAAACCUUAAAAUGACAUCCAGGAUCACGCCUUAUCUUGUUUAUCCAGACUGACUUGGCUUCCUUGUCUUUUGGAAAAGUAUGAAACGAAAAGUAUGUCUCUCUGGGUCGUAUCUAGCAUCGGAAAAACAUUGAUAAACACAACAGUGGCUGUGAUCUGUUGAUGUUGACGCCAUGCCGAAAAGUGGAGUUCUUCUUGCAGACUUAGCCUCAUUUCAAUUUCCACUGUGAAAGAGGUCUAUUGAACAUUUAUGGCGUGAUGUUUUUUGUAUGGUGUGCCAUUUGUACUACUAUACCUUCCAGGCAAUGGAAGAGUCAGGGUUCCUGAACAUGGGUGAUGAAAUUCAUAAAUUUAUCCUCUAU